AUGAACACUAGAUCAUCGAUAUGGCGUUCCGACUCUCUCGAAUUCAGAUCACCUCGCUGGCUCAAGCUCUCCACUGGUGAUGAGACUGUCCGUGGACCUCGCGGCACAUUUAUUCCCUGGUCCGCGGGUCUGCGCUUCUGUCUUAUCUUCAAAACGGCUCAUGUAGAGUUCAAAUUAGAAAUAGUGAGGCAAGAGGGCGAGACCGAACAGGAUGCAAGAGAUGGAAUGGCUGCUAUGGGUUUAGGUAGUUCACCCAAAUCGACUUUGCAAAUUAACAGACCGCAGGAUGUGGAAUUGAGAUGA